AUGGAAAAUACCUACGAUAAACAGGCAGGAGAAGUGUUACCGUACCAAUUCGAGCCAGAAGUAGGGGGAGAAACAAGCAAUUUAAGCGAAGAAAGCGAUUCUGAUCAGGGGAGUGAUCUAUCUUCGUCUGACGAGGAAAUUGAUCAUGAGUUUGAGAGAGUAAAUGUUUGGCGUCUUCAAACCCUUAGCUGGUGUAAAUGUGGACAUUGCACUAUCUCAACAAAGGCUAUUGAAUGUUUUUGUUGCCACGAAAAGGCUUUGGAGUAUGACGAAUACGAUGUGCUCCUUGAACAAACAGAUUCGCUUGGCGAAAGGUGUUUGACGACACAUACUGAUUUUCAAGAAAACAUGCUCUCAGAAGGCGUCCUGAAGAUAGAUGUGUGUCGCUAUCUUGAAGAAAAUUGGCCUCUUCACGAUGGAGAUCUUGAAAAAAUACACAAACUGUAUCGACUGGUGGCAUAUCAGCGAUGUUCUCGCUGGGUAUUCCAGAUUUUGGGGAAAAAGAAAAGAAGACCCUUUCCCUCUUGUGUUUAUUCAAAAAUAUGUGAACGUUUUGCGUCGCCUGAUGGCCUAUACACACAUUUUAAAUAA